AUGGCCCCAGUAAAAAAACUAGAACUUCCGAAAUCGGUGUUAGAUAUGAAAUUUAUGAGAAAAGCGAAGGAACGAAAGGAAAGGGAAAUAGAAAACACUCAAGAUCACCAUGGCUUAUAUGCCAAUAUAAUUACCAGCGAGAUGAGGCAUGCUUCAGGAAACUUUAUAUCCGAGACCAGUUUUAUUUAUUGUGAGGAUUUAUUAGAAGGCAGAUUGUCUUUUAAAGGAAUGAAUCCUGAAAUAGAAAGACUUAUGGAGCAAGAAAACAAGACUACAGAUAUAGAUGGCGAAAUGCAAAAAGACAUAUCAGAUGAAGUACUAUUUGAAAAACUUGAUACUUUCAAAAAACGAAAACAUUCUAAUACUAGCACACCAAGUAAACAACCUGCUACUAAAAAGAAAAAACGUCUUAAUUAA